UCACGAGCAAUAAUCCUCUUUUUUCCAGUGUAGUACAGUAAAAGUGGUGGAAACGGAUGGGAAGUCCAGGAAGUAGGUCUACUGUGAUGAUGGGAGGAGCAGAGAGCAGGAGACGAAGAGUAACGGAAAGAGAAGACGAGAAGAGCAGGCUGACGUUUAUCGACUUCCAUUCUUUUGUUCAAGUCAUUUUUUUCAUGCUUUCACAGCCGCCCCGCUUCAGUGCGGUGAUCUGAAGCAGAGAAAUGAAUAUCAUCCCACAGACAUUGACACUGUCAUUGCCUCAAGUGACAGACACUCAUCCGGUCAUACAGUGUGUCAUUAACAACGACCUCACGAAGCUCGGUGAACUACUGAAGAUCAACAAAGUUAAUGAACUUUACCCCUGCAGAGAGUGUAAGGAUUGUUUCACUCCACUGACUGCUGCAGUUGUGUGUCACAAGUAUGACAUUUUUACAAACCUUUUGGAUCAGGGUGCAGACCCAGAUAGUCAUUCCCAGAGAGGCUUUACACCUUUGCAUUAUGUCUCAAUGUCCAAAGCACCAGUUGUCUUUGUGAAGAGACUGCUAGAAGCUAAAGCUAAUGUAAAUGGAUGCAAUCCUGUGGAGCUUCAGGUACUUGAGACACCACUGCAAACUGCUGCCCUCAACGACAGGGAAGAUGUCAUGAAAGUGCUUCUCUCUGCUGGUGCAGCGGUCACACUGCUACCUACAGGUCACCCUAAACAUUUUAACAGAAAAAUAGCUCGGAUGGUCCAUAACUUUGCAUCCAAAGGAGAUAAAUUAUGCUCCGAAUGCAAAUAUUUUAUCGAUAUGGAAAUCGCUGUGCGAUCGGAACCACCUGAAGAAGUGUUCAGAAAAUUUAACAGUGACAUGCUACGGGAGGAUCCUCAGAACCAUUUGACCAUGAUUGAAAUGCUCUUCACUGUUACUGGCCCGGGUAAAGAAAAAUACAGCCAGGGAAGUAUUAAAUGGCUCAAGGAGACAGAGAAUGUGAAUACCUAUAUUGCAGGUACAGUCAGCAGAUUCCCAAAGAUUCCUAAGACAGAUGUGAAAAGGGCAAUUGACAGUUUAAAUGUAGUUUUCUGCACAAUGGAAGACAUACCAAAUGAGCAAGCACAAGCUGUUAUUCCCCUUCUCCUGGAACAGCUUUGUCUGCCAGUGAACGUUGAUUAUUUUGUAGUUCUAGCUGUUCUGCAAACACUGUAUGUGAUAACACAGAAAACAACAGAUAGAAAUGGAUGGGAUUUCAACUUUACAAAGAACUUGUGCAAAUCCGUAGCUCCUUUUGCAAUACCUUUCAAUUCCUCUGACAUUAAAGUCUACACGUAUGGUAUUUUUGCCAACUUGCUCCCAGUUGAACAUGUGACUGAAAUUUUUACGUCAGUGGGAAUCACUUCAGUGCCUGACGACGUUCUGACAUCUGCAGAUAUGAAAAUGAAUGACAAGCUGAAAGAAGCACUCAGACGUUUGAAAAAUUACUUGAGCAAUCCCAACAUGGACAGUGAGGGUAAUCCAGCCUUACCUGAAUCCAGUAAAAAGAAGAAACGGAAGAAGAAGAAGAAGAAAAACCAGGAAAAGUCAGACAAGCAAGAAGACCCAAGUAAUGACGUUUCCAACUCAACUGAUCCAACAACAACAGUUCCUGUUGUGGAAUCAUCUUCAAAUGCAAAGCCAUUCCACGUCAACACCAACAAAUCACCAGGAACACGACAAUGGGUACAAAUUAGCAAGAGAUGGAAGGAGAAACUAGAGAAGCUUGUUGCCACAGAUGAGAGUAAAAUAAUCAGAAUUAGGAGUCUCAUUUAUGUGAAUGAUAAAGAAUUCCGCAUAGCAAAGGGAAGCGAUGGGACUGAAGUCUACUUGGGACUGAGAGAUGAUGGAACAGAAGUUGCAAUUAAGAGAAUGUCUAAAAGCAACUACGAGGUCCUGAAGAACGAGGAGGGAAUUCUACGACUUCCAGAACUUGAAGAUCCAUCGAUUGUACGAUACAUCGAUGCUGCAGAGGAUGAGAACUUUGGGUAUCUUGGUCUUCAACUCUGUGAAUACACCUUGGAAGAAUAUAUCAAAAGUGACAGUGCGGAUCAUGAGCUGAUGAAGCUUGUCUGCCAAGUUCUAAACAGUCUGAAAGUGCUUCACUGUCAAAAUCCUCAGAUUCUCCACAGAGAUCUUAAGCCGCAGAAUGUUUUGAUUGAUGUUAAAGGGAGGGCACGGUUAUCAGAUUUUGGCAUAAGCAGACGGUUACUCACAGGCCAAACAACUUUGCGUACCGCCAGUGCAGGAACCAAAUGCUGGAUGGCCAAAGAGACUCUACUAGAAGAAGCCAACAUACCAUACAAGUCAAACACUGACAUACAGGUGGCAGGAAUGCUGAUUUAUUAUAUCCUCUCUGGAGGACACCAUCCAUUCGGUGACAGAUCCUGUGAGUGUGAGUACAACAUUUAUAGAGGGAAGUACUCCUUGGAUCACAUGGAAGAUGUGGUGGCCAAGGACCUGAUCGAGUGGAUGAUCAGUGAAGAUCCAAAGAUGAGACCAAAAGUGGGAGAAUGCCUGAGUCAUCCUUUCUUCUGGACUGUUGAAAAGAAAGUUGAAUACUUGAAAAAGAUUGGUAACAGGGACGAGGUGGCAAACUGUCGAAAGGCUGAUCAGGAGCUGAUUACUUCUCUGGAAAAAUGUGCUGGGGAUGGAUCCUUCACACAGUGGAAAAAUAAGUUUCCUCGAGAGCUGGUUCAGAAGAUGGAUGGCAGAAACAAAGCUUACCCUGAAAACACACCGGGGUUACUGCGCUUCAUACGCAACCUCCACGAGCACUACGCUGAGGAUGCUGCUCAGAUUGAUCUAAUGGAGUUAUUUCCCGAUCUCUUUGGAUGUAUUUACAAGUUUGCCAAGACCCGAAACUGGAAUUCAGAGGUGCCCUUGAAGGGGAUGUUUAAAAGAGAAGACAUCAGCACCAGGUUUAUGAAGCUGUCCACAAACACUGAGGAGCUUGUGGGUGUCCCAGUCCAAGAGUCUCAACCCAGUGACUUGAAGUGAAGCUGGUUCUAUAGUUCCUUAUAAGCACCCAAAGGAGAAAACAAACAACAUGCAAUCGUUUCAGAUGAGAGGAUAGAGAGGAUCUUGUUUAAUACCAAAGCAAAGAAAAAGAGUUCAGUCAUCAUUUAUUGCUCAUAUUUGUCCUUUUUCCCUUUGUGAGGCAUACUUCGAUGAUGUGGUUGCCUAUUCUUCCACUCGGCCUGAACAUCUCAACACUCUCUCUGUCAUUUCCAGUCGUCUCCGUCAAAUUCAAAUUUGGCAGGGGGACGGUUACCUAUCGUGGUAAGCAGAUGGGACAAGGCCAGGUUCGUCCUCUAGCAACCAAAGUACAAGGAAUCGUCGAUGUUCUGGUUCCACAGACAAACAGAGCCCUGCGCUGUUUCCUAGGCAUGUGUGGGUACUAUAGAGGUUUCUGUCAGAACAGAACUGGCCAAGCAGAGUAUUGAGCAUGCAAUCUGUUACUUCUCCAAGACGUUUAACAAACAUCAAGUAAAUUACAGUACUACUGAAAAAGAGGCUCUCGCUCUUCUGCUUACAUUACAGCUUCUUGAAGCGUAUAUUGGCUCAAGUUCAAACCCCGUGCAAGUUUUCACUGAUCAUAAACCUCUGAUCUUCUUGGCCCAGAUGUGCAAUUCUAACCAGCGGAUCAUGCGCUGGUCACUCCUUCUGCAGGACUUCAACCUGCAGAUACAUUAUAAAAAAAGGUACUGAUAAUGUAAUCACUGACGCUCUCUCUAGAACGUAAGUGAAACUACAAUUUAAUAGAAUUAAACAUAUAGGGGAUAUUUGGUUCUUGGGAAAGGGGGGUGUUAUGACUGUUACGUAUUAUUUGUCUGGGAGGAGUGUGUGCUCCCUGUUUUUUUCCCCUAUCUCCGUAUGUAGAUCAGUGUAUGUCGUAGCUGAUGUUGGAUUGGCUGGGGUUUCCCAGAUCCUCUGCUGAUUGGAUAACCAUCAGAGAGGGAGCUAUUUAAACGUCCAAGAUGGCGGCAGUUGGCGAGCUACUCACGCUCUUCACCUCCCAACCGGUCACCACCUUGGUUAGUUGUUACUUUUGGAUUUGAUUUCUGUUUCAAGAUCAGUAGCAGUGAACUGCCAUUUUUGUUAACAAUUUUUCUCCUGUUUAAUUUUUUUUUUUUUUUUUUGAUAUGUUGAGGUAGGUAAGAGUUUGUCUUUUAUUUUGUCCUCUGGUAGGAUAGACUUCGGUUGUUUUUCAGUUAGAAUCGUUUUGUUUGUUAUUUUGGCCUGGGUUCACUCUGAAGUUGAAUUGUGGUUUGUGCAGUUUGCACAAUAAAUGUUUCACAAUGAUGAA